AUUGUAAUAGUAAUUACAUAUUAAUUAUUCCACAAUGAAAGUAUUGUGUUUGUUGUCGUUAUUGUAUUUAUCGGUUAAUUCAUUGCCAGUCAAUGAGUUUAACGGUAAAAAUUGGGUUGUAUUGGUAGCUGGGUCAAAUACGUGGGGCAAUUAUAGACACCAGGCCGACGUAUACCACGCGUACCAAAUAGUAUACAACGGGCCGACCGGUCAUAACGGCACUGAUGUCUAUCACGGCGUACCCAAGCAUUACACCGGCAAAGAGGUUACCCCCGAAAAUUUCCUGAAAGUAUUGGCUGGCGAUAAGGGUCUGAAAAAGGCCGGUAAAAAAGUGCUGGAAAGUGGACCAAACGAUCACGUGUUUAUAUUUUUCGAUGACCAUGGUUCUCCCGAUUUGGUCGCCUUCCCCGACAAGUAUUUAUACGCCAAACUACUAAUGAAAACGCUGAAACAAAUGCACCAGGAUAAGAAAUACGCAAAAUUAGUGUUUUACAUUGAGGCUUGCAAAUCA